UUUUUGUCGUCGAUUUCGCACGAAUAAAACAUGAUAUCGACUUCGUUGAGGCGAUCCGAAAAGAAUCUCAUGACAUUCGGUGGAGUCGUUUCUAGUUGGUCGAGUUUUUAUUCGCACCAUACCCUACCCACGGCUUGUUUAGCUAAAAUUCACCUUUGUGCGAAAUAUCGGUACCAGGGCCCUACUAUCUUCAAAUCUUUCGGAAGAUUGUGGUUUGGGCUACCGACACCUGUCAUGCAUACCCAUGUACUUUUAACACUUUCUAUUAUGGUACCAAUCAUAUAAUACUUACCUAUUGUUACAAUAGUUACCUGAACACAUAUAUCCUUCUUGAUCAAAAGAUGGCAUAGUUUUAUAAUAGCCAUCAACAAACAGGUGGCUAAGCAGGUGUCAAUUUUGUUUAUCUUAUUUAAAGGUAUUUGUUUACUAAUAAAUAAAUGUUUAUCUGAUAAACAAUGGCAUACCCCAGUAAUAUAAUUUCAAAUGACUGGCAUCACAUUAUUGAAGCAGAAUCAGUAAUCCAAACUCUUUACGACCAAAAUGGACAAAGAAGACAAUUUGGUAUUCUAGAAAGACCAGGUAUAUAUUCUAAUAUAGAAGAAAUUUCAUACAAAUUAUGGUUUAUUGGCCGAUCUGGAAUAGGAAAAACAACAGCCAUUAAUCGAUUAGCUGGAGAAACAAAUCAGCCACAAACUUAUGUUGAAACAUCAGGAAUACGAAAAACAAAUAUAUUUUGGCCAGCUAAAGUUUGGGAAAAAGUUUUUUUAUUCAAAUUGAACUGUUGGGAAUGUGGAGAUAUUAGUGGGAAAAAAUACAGUCAUAUAAUUCCAGCUUGUCGCGAUAAAGCUGAUAUUAUAGUUGUAAUAUUUUCAUUCACAGAUCCCACAAGCCUGCGAGAGGCACAAAAUAUUCUAACAAGUAUAGGAGACUCGACUGCUAAAAUUGUUUUAGGUGUAAGAUAUAACCCAUAUAAACCAACAGCUGUAAAAAUAUCUGAUGUUCAAGAAUUAGCUAAUAUUUGUCAGGUUGAAGUGGCUACACUUGAAGAAUCUGGAAUUCAUGAAGGUAUAUCUGAAAUGUCACGUAUUGCUCCAGUAUUGAAUGUUAUUUGUCAAACAUUAUGGAAAAGGGAUCAACAAUUCGUUUUGAUACAAUCAAAUCCAGUUCAAGUUUAA